GGGGCCACGGGCACCGGCAAAUCCACCCUGGCGUUGCAGCUCGGCCAGCGGCUCGGUGGCGAGAUCGUCAGCGCUGACUCCAUGCAGGUUUAUGAAGGCCUAGACAUCAUUACCAACAAGGUUUCUACCCAAGAGCAGAGACUAUGCCAGCACCACAUGAUCAGCUUUGUGGAUCCUCUUGUGACAAAUUACACAGUGGUGGACUUCAGGAACAAGGCAACUGCUCUGAUUGAAGAUAUAUUUGCCCGAGACAAAAUUCCUAUUGUCGUGGGAGGAACCAAUUAUUACAUUGAGUCUCUGCUCUGGAAAGUUCUUAUCAGUGCUAAGGAGAUGAGCACUGAGAAAGAGAUUGACUGGAAAGUAGAGCUUGAAAAGGAGGAUGGCCAUGCACUUCACAAACGCCUAAGCCAGGUGGACCCAGAAAUGGCUGCCAAGCUGCACCCACAUGACAAGCGCAAAGUGGCCAGGAGUUUGCAAGUGUUUGAAGAAACGGGAAUCUCUCAUAGUGAAUUUCUUCAUCGUCAACAUGCAGAAGAAGGUGGUGGUCCACUUGGAGGCCCUCUGAAGUUCCCUAACUCUUGCAUACUCUGGCUUCAUGCUGAUCAGACAGUUCUAGAUAAGCGUUUGGAUAAGCGGGUGGAUGACAUGCUCGCUGCUGGGCUCUUGGAUGAACUGAGAGAUUUUCACAGACGCUAUAAUCAGAAGAAAGUUGCAGAAAGUAGCCAGGACUAUCAACAUGGUAUCUUCCAAUCAAUUGGCUUCAAGGAAUUUCACGAGUACCUGAUCACUGAGGGAAAAUGCACACCAGAGACUAGUAACCAGCUCCUAAAGAAAGGUAUUGAGGCUCUGAAACAAGUGACUAAGAGAUAUGCCCGGAAGCAAAACCGAUGGGUUAAAAAUCGUUUUUUGAGCAGACCUGGUCCCAGUGUCCCCCCAAUAUAUGGCUUAGAAGUAUCUGAUAUCUCAAAGUGGGAGGAGUCUGUUCUUGAACCUGCUCUUGAAAUUGUGCAAAGUUUCAUCCAGGGCCGUAAGCCUGCUGCCGCUCCAGUAAAAAUGCCAUGCAAUGAAACUGAGAACAAGAGAAGUUAUCACAUGUGUGACCUGUGUGGUCGAAUCAUCAUUGGGGACCGUGAAUGGGCAGCACAUAUGAAAUCCAAAUCCCACUUGCACCAUCUGAAGAAAAGAAGAAGAUUGGACUCUGAUGCCUUCACCACCAUAGAAAGUCAGAGUGUUUCUCCAGGCCGUGACAAAGAGCUUAAAGAGAAGGGAUCCCCAGGGUGGAAUGAUGAAGAGCUGAAACCCAGUGUUUAAGAGACAUGUCCAGUGGCCUUUGCAAAGAGAUUUAAGUUAUCUCCAGUUGAAGCUCUCUUUCUGGAAUGACCUGAGCUGCCAACAACGUUAAGUAUAUGUAUAUGCAUAUAACAUAAAGUCAAGCAUUUUUAAGUUUAUAAUUCAGCAAUAUUAAUUGCAUUCUCAAUGUUGUGCAACCAUCACCACUAUUUCCAGAACAUUUUCAUCACCCCAAACAGAAACUCUGUACCCAUUAAGCAGUAAUUCCCCUCUCAAGUAAUAUUAUUUUGUUCAGAGUCUACUAUAUGAGAGGCCCUGAACUAGGCAAGAGGGAAUACAGAGAUAAAAUGAGAUGUAGUUCUUGCUUUCAGGGAGCUUAUAAAUAUCGUAUAUAUACACAGACAACCCACCUAGGUAAGACUAUCAAAGGCCAUAAGAGCUGUGUGGAAUUUCACUUUGGAGGGAAGGGGAAGGGAUCGUGGAAGAAGGAGCACUUCUGCUGGACCUUAAAAAGCAAUCCUUGGUAAAUGUAUUGUUAGCUGUGCAUACAGAGAGAAGGUAAAGAGAAAGAACUAUCAAACUUGCCUUACUCUCCUUCUUUUUCUUCUAACAUUUAAAAAAAGGUUUUUUUACCAGAUUUUUUUAAUACAGUUCAGAAAUCAAAAUGAUAUAAAAAGACAUUGAGAAAUUUCACUCCAACCUCCAUGCCCUUCUCCCACCAUAGAUAAUCAUUUACUAAUUUCUUACAUAUCUGAAGAGUUUUAAAGCAAAACCAAAUACAAAUGUAUAUAUUUUUAAUUUUUCCCUUGCCCAAAAGUUAGCAUAUAGCACAUACUGUCUCCAUCUGUCACCUUACCUAUUGGCAGUACCUGGGUAUGCAUUGAUUUCUCCUGCCACCUCUGUCAGUUCUCCUGUUUUUGGCCUUGACCACCAUCCUAGGGUCUCCCAAUAUAGUCACCUUUGUAUACUGAAUUUUAUUCAGAUGCCAGGGUUUAGGCCAAAAUCAGCCUGUGAGGAAUUCUCAAGCUAUUGCCAGCCCCUUCAUUCAGCCAGCAAAUAUUUUAGAACUUAUGUGCCAUGUGCUGUGCUAGACUCUGGGAGUACAAUGGUGAUCAAAAAAGUCCACAUUAAUCAAAUAAUUACAGAAUUACAGCUGUGAUGUGGGCUGCAAAGGCAAUGUGAGGACGUGCCUCACGUUGGUGUGCGGGAGUGCGUGCGUGUGUUAGGGGAGGCUUGUGUCGAGGCAGCUGAUGUGGCACGGCAUGAUGGUGGGGCGGGAGUCGGGGCCAGGGCUGCAAGUGUGGUACCAUGUGACCUGGGUUUCGCAACUUGACUUCCUUGGCUUCUCCCUCUUUCCCCAGUCUGUGGGGUGUCCUGGGCCCCUUGAUUUUUAUUGAGCUUUACCUUCCCUUUAACUGGUUUGAAUCUCAAGAAUUUCUUUGGUCAAAGAUGAAAUUAGGCCUGGCAGGUGUGGCUCAGUGGUUGAGCAUCGACCUG